UUGGCUUAGCUCAGCUCUGGGCUUCUCUGUGCCGGUGGGAGCUUGGCGUGAGAUUCCCCUCCUUCUGCCCCCUUCCUAUUCUUCCCUCCUCAGGCAAAAAAAGGUUGUUCAAGGAGACUCCAGGAUUGGGGUCCGCCUCAUCACUGUCACCAGGAGCCUUUUUUUUUCUGACUGACUUGCCAGAGCUCCCCAUCAGUCCUUGCUGUGCCUCUGGAAGCAAAGGGAAGGCAGCUGUGGGAUCCUGGCUGAACAGAGUCCAGCAUUUGGGCGCCCUGCUCCCUGCUCCUGCACCAUGAAAAUCCUGCUUUGUGAUCUCCUGCUGCUCAGCCUCUUCUCCAGCGUGUCCAGCAGCUGCCAGAAGGACUGUCUGACCUGCCGGGAGAAGCUCCGCCCAGCUCUCGACCCCUUCAACCUUGAGGUGUGCAUCCUUGAGUGUGAAGGGAAGGUCUUCAGCAGGCCUCUCUGGACUCCGUGCACCAAGGUCAUGACCAGGGGCUCCUGGCAGCUCAGCCCUGCUGACCCAGAGCACGUGGCAGCUGCCCUUUACCAGCCAAGCGCCUCCGAGAUGCAACUGAAGCGCAUGCCUCGCAUCAGGAGCCUAAUCCAAGCCCAGAAAGGGACAGAGCCUGGCAUGGAUGAGGCUGGAGAGAUGGAGCAGAAGCAGCUGCAGAAGAGGUUCGGUGGCUUCACCGGGGCCCGGAAGUCGGCCCGGAAGUUGGCCAACCAGAAGCGGUUCAGUGAGUUUAUGAGGCAGUACCUGGUCCUGAGCAUGCAGUCCAGCCAGCGCCGGCGCACCUUGCAUCAGAAUGGUAAUGUGUAGCUGGAAGGGGAGCCCCUCCCAGCUGCACCGUCCACUUCAACCCAUGAGUGUCCGGGUGAUCCCCAAAACAGCAUGUCUCCAGCCCCAGACCUGCCGGCUGGGAAUCGGGACUCCUUCUUCCCCAAGGCACUGAGGCAGGCUUUGCCUCCAGGUCUCUGCCCCCCAGGGCAGAGACGCUCCCUGUCCAAUUGUCUUUCCCUCCCCAUUCCCCCGCCCCACCCCCAUGGCAUGUUUCAUGACAACCUUGUUGCUACAUCAGAGUGUAUUUUUGUAAUUCCUCCAGCUAACAUAGAAACAGCCCCAUUUUUCCUUCUCACUCCCCUUUCUUCUUGGGGGGGGGGGGUCAAAGCAACAGGAAACCAAGCCUGGGGUUUUGACUUGUCACUGCCAUAACUUGUUUGUAAAAAAGCUGUUCUUUUGGACUGAUUGUUUUAAACAGAUAUUUCUCCAUUAAACUUCUACUGAGCAAAUGGUU